AUGCGAAUGAUGAAUAUUAAGCGAUUGUGAUUUGGUUAUAAGUGGACGUUUUGUGUGGACACGUAUUAAUGUAUUUAGUGAAAUUACAAAAAUGGAAACCGAUUGGAUGAUAGAAGACUCGACGACACCUAAGGUGACGUCAUUAACCUCGUUGGACACAGGGGUCCGUCCGGCUCCGAGCGGAGCGGCGUAUGUAGCUGAGCGGAACACAUGUCUCAACUUAUUCACAAGAUGGAACGAAACGGACCAGGUGGAAUUUGUGGAACAGUUACUGGCGCGAAUGUGCCAUUAUCAACAUGGUCACAUCAACGCAUACCUCAAACCGAUGCUGCAGAGAGACUUCAUCAGCAUGCUUCCAAAAAAAGGCUUAGAUCACGUAGCGGAAAAUAUCCUAUCAUACCUUGACGCUAGUUCACUCUGCGCUGCGGAGCUGGUCUGUCGCGAGUGGCAGCGUGUUAUAUCCGAGGGUAUGCUGUGGAAGAAACUCGUCGAAAGGAAGGUUCGAACUGACUCGCUAUGGCGGGGGCUCGCCGAGAGAAGAGGAUGGAUUAUGUACCUGUUCAAACCGAAGCCCGGCUGCCAGCAUCCAUCCCAUUCGUUCUACCGUCAGCUCUAUCCGAAGAUCAUUCAGGAUAUACAGUCGAUAGAGGACAAUUGGCGUAUGGGAAGGCAUAACUUACAAAGGAUAAAUUGUCGAUCAGAGAACUCGAAAGGCGUCUACUGUUUACAAUAUGAUGAUAACAAGAUAGUGUCCGGACUGAGAGAUAAUACAAUCAAAAUAUGGGACAGAAAAACAUUGCAGUGUGUUAAGGAGCUGCAAGGUCACACGGGCUCGGUGCUGUGCCUGCAGUACGACGAGCGCGCCAUCAUCUCGGGCUCGUCAGACAGCACGGUGCGCGUGUGGGACGUGACGACAGGCGCCAUGCUCAACACGCUCAUACAUCACUGUGAAGCGGUGCUGCAUCUCAGGUUCUGCAACGGCAUGAUGGUCACGUGCAGCAAGGACAGGUCGAUAGCGGUGUGGGACAUGACGUCGACGACGGAGAUCAUGCUGCGACGCGUGCUGGUGGGUCACCGCGCCGCCGUCAACGUCGUGGACUUCGACGAGAAGUACAUCGUCAGCGCCAGCGGGGACCGCACCAUCAAGGUAUGGAACACAUCAUCGUGCGAGUUCGUUCGUACACUCAACGGUCACAAGCGAGGGAUAGCGUGCCUCCAGUACAGAGAUAGACUUGUGGUGUCUGGUUCCUCGGACAAUACGAUCAGAUUGUGGGAUAUUGAAUGUGGUCAGUGUAUUCGUGUAUUGGAGGGGCAUGAAGAGCUCGUCCGGUGUAUACGGUUCGACAACAAGCGCAUCGUGAGCGGCGCGUACGACGGCAAGAUCAAGGUGUGGGACCUGCGCGCCGCGCUCGACGUGCGCACGCCGCACCAGGACCUGUGUCUGCGCACGCUCGUGGAGCAUACGGGCCGUGUUUUCCGACUUCAGUUCGACGAGUUUCAAAUUGUGUCCUCGUCUCACGACGACACGAUCCUCGUAUGGGACUUCCUUAACUAUGGUGGGACUUCCCCGGCCGCGCCACCCCCGCGACGCACCUCCGCGGAACUCGACCGGCCCUUCUAUGACUAGGUAAAACUUGCGGACCGCAUUUGAACGUUAUUGUUGUAAUAACGGGUGAACAAAUAAAGCGGUUUCACAUUGCCCCAUUCAAUAAAGUGAAGUGACGUUGUACACAUGCGAAGUGACGGGAAAGUGAAGUGUGAAAGUGAAAAUGAAACAUUUACCUGUGACUCGAGUGCUACUAUUUUGUAUCUUAUUUCUAAUAUGGGUUAUCGUAAUAUGGAUCUCAGAAAGCAUCCUAUGAAUACAAUUUGGCUGUAAGUUUUCAUUAAUAAUAGUUACUUACAUAUAACUUCAUUAUUUCGCCUUAUAAUUGAAUCCUAUAUGUAUAUAUAUAUGUAAAGUAUGUUCUGAUGCUGUCAUAUAUAUGUACAUAAUAUACUAUGUCUUAAUGAAAAAUGAUAGAUUAAAAAAAUUGUAACACCAAUCUUAUUGAUAAGGUAUAGCAUGGAAUUGAGUAAUGUUGUUGAUGUGCAGUAGCAUGUUUCUGUAUUUAAUGUUUGAAUAGAAAUCCGAAUGAAUGUUAGUCGCUAGAAUUAUUGGUUUCUAUUAAUGAAUAAAUUAUUAAGGAAUAGAUUUUUUGACCAAGAAAUGCCCUGUAAACUCGAAUGUAUAUAAAGCUUAAAGUCGAGAAAUUUGCUUACUGGUAAACUAAGAGUGUUGUUAAAAAUGCAAAUUAUGUAUGUAUGUUAUAAUAAUUGUAUUACGAACAUUUCUGGCUUAAAAUACUUGAUAGAAUUUGUUUAAAGUAAGUUAUAAGAGUAAAGAGAAGUUGGGUUGGUUUCAUGUGACAACUGAGUGUGUCCUAUAGUGCCACAGAGCAAAUUUACCUUAGUCGACACACACAAAUGAAAUUAACCGAUGUCUGUUAAUAGUAUUUGUUACUGAGGGGCUAGAAAAACAAUGUAGUCUGGGACGGAGUAAUAUAAAAAACACAAAUUGUAUAUAAAAUUAAAAACCCGGCAUAGUAGCUGUGUUUAUAUGUAUGUUAAGGUGCUCACGUGCUAGAAAGCAUGCUACUGCAUAUUAAAAAGCAUUAUUGUAUGAGUCAUUAAAAUUUGUUUGAGAAACAAUGUUUGUGAAUUUGUUAAGAUAAAAAGACCAGUCUCAACUGUACUUAUUUUAGCAGAUAUAUCAAACAAAAAUAUAAUGUAAAUAUUGAAGUUAAAUAAUAUGGAAAAUUAAGUUUUUUUUUUUCAUUUUAUAUAAAGACUGUGCACUAGAUGGCCCGAACUCUGAUCUGUGGAGCAACCAGGCCAAUGAAUGUCGUACACUUACCGGCAACGACCAGUCCUGCCGGUCCAGUGUGGUCGUUGUUUUCUUUAGAUGCCUCAUUUGCUAUGGUCACACGCCGGAGUCUUGGACGUCUAGUGCGUGAAGUCCCUAAAGGUACUUCCACACAGGGAAGUCCUUGUAUUCUAAUUAUGGGCUGUAACGUGAUAGGGUAAAAUCUAGAUGAAUCCGUAAUUAAUAUUAAAUACUAUAAUUAGUGCACCAAAAAUGAUUCUUAAUGCCUUAAUUGUCAAAUAUCAAUGAAUAAAUGGGUAGACAUUAAAGCUCGGUACUAUAUUCAAGAAUCGAUUUGUUUUACUCAUCCAUAGUAGAAUUGUCUACUUUACAUAUAUUUUUCUUUUAAUUUAAACUAAUAUCUAUAAUUCAUAACCUUCUGAUAUUCAAUUGGCAAACCAGGGGCGGCUUCUACAUAAAGUAUCAUAGACAAUUCAACUAUUGGUAAGAAUUUAAUGUUAUUUGAAUAUAAUAACUAGGCAUUGCACAAUGUAUGUUAUCCAUCUUAUAUAUUACAUUCAGGUAAUCAGGUUUCAAACUUAUCAACUUCCCUGUCAAGGAGUCUCAUUUGUUAAACAAGAAACACGACUCGAAUGUGAUUCUUGGGACAUGGAUAAUUAAUUCACUUUUGAGCUGCUAUAUAACAAGAUAAGUUAAAUGUAAAGCUAUCACCAUUGCAAUGUAUAUUAUACCGAUAAGUACCUACAAGUAACUUCAUAGUUAAUCUUUUUAUUAUGAAAUGCAAAGGUAUCGAUAGAUACUGCCUGUCUUAUUAUCUUAUCUUAGUGAAUGUAAUCUAUAAAUGCGGUUAAAACUUGUAUGUAAUAUAUAAUAUGGAUUAUAUUUGAAUAUAUGUUGAACUGUGAACGAGCCACUAUAGGGUUCAUAGCGAAAGAUAUGCUGCACUUGUGAAUUUUAGUCAUAUUGUAUGACAUACAUACUAAUAUCAGCAUAAAUAUCACUCAUCCAAUAGAAUAUAUUUCUGUUUCAUUUUUAUGUUACUUCCGUUUGUCUGUUCUAAUGGGUGAGUGAUGUUUAUGUUUGAAUGAGAAAUAUUUGUUUAUAAAUAAUAAUUUGUUCAGUGAGAGAUUGGAACUAAUUUUUAUUGAGUUUGAACUGUAAAUAUCUACAAAUUUCUCUGGACUGACUUAUAAAAGCAAAAAUAACUGCUCCAUUUUGUUACUUGAUCUAUUUAUUGUCCUAUCAGAGUUGUAAAUAUAACUCAAAAGAUUAGGGAUUUGUUUUGUUUUUUUUUAAAUUCUUUUCUAUUUCUGCAAUGGCUUAGAAAGGUAUUGACUAUUGAGCCGUUAAAAGAUAAAAUCCAAUAUUAAAUUUUGGUAAGGUUGGACAAAAAUUGCAAAAGAUAUACAUUCUAUUUAUUUUAUGGUAACACUGAAUUGAUAAUGGCAACUAUCCAAUGAGUUUUUUGUCUUUAACAUGAAAUUACUUAUCUGUUUCAUUCUAUAUCAAGGGCUAAUUUUUAUUUAGGGCGUCCUGAGUUUUUGAAAAUAGAAUAAUAAACGGCUAAAAUAAUGACGAUUCUAUGUGGAUAUAUGUUGAAAAGUUCCGGGACUUUACUGCCGUUUUGAGAGUAUAACAUAAUAUAUACUAGUGGUCGCCGGGUUAUCUAAAUUCGACCGUAAUCAAUAUUGGAAAUUAUAUUAUAUUAAUUUGUAUGAUUCAAACAUUUUUUUUUCUACCUGUAGCUAUGACCACAUGUGAUAAAUGUAAAUUUGAGAUAAAUUAUUAUUAUGAGUAUAUUAAAUCUGAGAGCGUAUGUGGGCUUAUAUCGAAACGUUACAUAUAUAACGCUCAAGUUUCACCUUGAAAUUUGACUUUCAUACCUUUUCAGUAAUUCAGUAACAGCCUCUUAAUGUCCCACUGCUGGGCUAAGGCCUCCUCUCCCUUUUUGAGGAGAAGGUUUGGAGCUUAUUCCACCACGCUGCUCCAAUGCGGGUUGGUAGAAUACACAUGUGGCAGAAUUUCAAUGAAAUUAGACACAUGCAGGUUUCCUCACGAUGUUUUUCCUUCACCGUUAAAGCACGAGAUGAAUUAUAAACACAAAUUAAGCACAUGAAAAUUCAGUGGUGCUUGCCCGGGUUUGAACCCACGAUCAUCGGUUAAGAUUCACGCGUUGUUACCACUAGGCCAUCUCGGCUUUUUCAUACCUAAAGAAAGUUAAAUAAAACCAAAUUCCCUUGAAACUUUCAAUAGAUAUUUUUUUUAUGUAUUUAUUUUCCUGACGGUACUUUUCAUUCUGAUUAGAAUUUCAGUAAUCUUCCAACUUUGUCUUAUGAUAUUGGCUUCCAACUAUAAAAAAAUGUCUUUUUUUGUUGACUAUACAGUUUUAAAAACUACAUACUUUUCUUGCUUACUGUACAUCCAUUAAAAAAAAUAAAUUUUCUUAAAAAUACGAGGACAUAAAAAUAUUUCUGCAUUUAAACUUUAAAGGUUGGUGUUCCUAUGACAUCGUGACUCGUUUGUCUAGUUCGAAUCUCAUGCCGGGCGGUGAGUCUGGGGAAAGUUUUUAAAACUUGUAGAUACAGGCAUGUGUUGCCAGAGGGAAAAAUUUUUUUUUUUAGUAUGAUUUUAUUCCUGUAAAUAAUAAUAAUAUCCUGGUACAUUAUUCACACGCGGCAAUCUGAUCCCAAAUUAAGUAGACCUUGUACUGUGGAAACCAGACAACUGAUAUACAUAUACUACAUACUUAUAUAGAUAAUUACACCCAGAUUCAGGAUAAACAGACAAGUUCAUGCACACAAAUGUCUGUCAUGGGUGGGAAUCGAAUGCACAACCUUCGGAGUGAAUAGCAAGUAUCUACCAACCACGCCAACCGGCUCAAGUAAUACAAUAUAUUUUAACUGUAUCGGAACAAAAAUUUUUAAAAUAUAUCUAUUUCGAUUUAUAUGUUAAGGCGUAAAGUUUCCAUAUAUUGUCUAACUUAAUUAUAAAUAAAGUGUAUAUAAAUCGUAAACACACAACGGAAGUCGUCCCAUGAUUCAAAAAAUGGAAAAUUUUAAAAUAAUCUCGUCAUGCUUUGUCGAGAGAUUCGUAUCGCCAAGUUGCUGAAUAAAAAUUUGGGCAAAUAUAUAAUAUCAAAACUAUAUUACACAAUAGAAUGGUCAUAUCGAUGUUUUUUAAACAAUAAGUAGCAAAAGAUUUUAAAAAUUUACAUCUUAUUCUUCCAAGAGCCCCAUAAGUACAUUUCUUAUUCUUUUUUCAAAAUAAUAAUUUCUCAUAUAAAUGCAUGUACAGUUCAAUCACGUGAGGAGUAAAGACCAAUAAGCCACUUUGCCCUCGAAUUGUCGAAAUAUAAUUGGUCGAGAUAAUCAUGAGACAAUAUUCAUUAUGGAUUUGUGAAAAAAUGGCGUUUUGAUUGGGAGUAAAAUUAAAGUGGAUUGUAUUGUGGUACAUAUUUUGUAUAUGAAAAUAACAUCAAUGUAAAUAGUAAUAAUUAUUUAUAAAUCUUAUUUUUUUUUUAAUAUACCAUGUGUUUUUCAUUAUUCAUUUUUUUUUGUAUUGUCAUCUAAUCCUGAGCUAUAUUGAAAAUUCGAACUUGUAAGUAAUAAUCUAUUUCAAAAUUAAAACCAUAAACAUUACCCAAAGUGUGAAUUUAGACGUAAAAUAUAUAUAAUCUAUGGCGUUGCUAACUGUACGCAAGUGGCAUGAGUCAUGACGUCAUAUAACGCCCAAUUUCAAAAGGUCUACCCUUUUUCGCUGAUAACUAUCACGUCAAGUAAUAUUGUUCUCAAAGUCAUAUAGUCAGAUAAAGUUUUUGUUACCGUUAAUUAUGUCAUGAGCACAAAUUAAUUAAUUAAUUUAAUGAAAUAAAUAACGGAGAGUGUGUUGGUAUCGAGUAUAUUCGUUACCGUCGUUAAAUCUCGUUGAAGUGUGAACGAGUGUAAUUUAUAUAUUCAAAGUAAAUAGAUAUAUAAAAUAAGAUACAAGACAAAAUGCAAUCUUUGAAGUAAAUGAUGUAAUGAAGAUAUCUGUUGAAAUUAUGUCGAAAACUUUUUGCGUGGGUAAAUGCUUAUGUAUGUCGAGUUUGCGCGGUUAAGCGCGUUCGAUGAAAUGAUUUUUUCGAAUCCAAACGCUUUGUUUGUGUAAUUGUUGCAUUGUAAAAUAUUUGUGCUGCACGAUCUUGCUAGUGGAAGACGAGGUGCGGUAAUCCGUCUGCGCUUAAUUGCGCAAACCGGAGUACAAAAAGCCGUUAUGUGUAUGUAGGCCAUAAUGAAGUAUAUGUUUUUUUUUCUCUGGAAGAAUAUUUUGAAUCACUGACAGGGAGUUAAUCUCGUUUAGAAUAUAAUUGAAGAUAUAAGAUGAUGUCACAAGCAAAAAUAUGAUUUUAUGAUAUAUUUUAUUCGUGUAAAUACGCCAUUCAUUUAUUACGUAUAUAGCUCUUGAAGGUUUAAAAUGUGAGAGCCGAAGGUACCUUCAUGUGUAUAGUGACUGUUCAUUUAUUUAACGCCUUCGUUCGCUUAUCUCUUCAAUUGUAACAUAAGUUCACUGGAGAAACGUUAACAAUAUAAAAAUGCAUUAAAUGUCCGGAAACUGAUUUUGACAGCUAGUCAGUCAAAUGUCUCUGAUUUCAUUAAGAAAUUGCCGCCAAUAAUUACGUUCGAAAUUUGAAAUUGGCGUCUAAUCAAUGAAUAUCCUGUUUGAAUGUAAGAUUGGCAUUUUUAAUAUAAUUAAAUUAUAUAGAUAAUUAAAUAUGAUUAUAUUGUUCACAUUUUUACAGCGAGCGAGGUUGUAAGUAAAGUUCAAAGCCUGACAUUGAAUUUAAACAUUAAUAACAAACUAUACUAAUAUUAUAAAUGCGAAUAUGACUAUCUGUGAGUUAGACUGCUGAACCGAUUUUGAUAAAAUUUGAACCCCGAGGAAGAACGGGCUGCUUUGUUUAUACCGAACAUCUGAUAAAUUGGGCGAAAACAACGUUGUAGUAAAUACAGUAUUAAUUGGUGAGUUUCUCUGUUUAUGGCUUGUCUACCCACUUGUGUCGGCGCCUUAAAUAUCGCAGCGAUGUAAUUUUAUCCAUGUGAUUAAUUAUUAGUGGAUAUAAUAGCAUUAAUUACUUAUUAAUACACUCAUAUAAUUUAUUUAUGCUCAAAACAAAAUCAUGUAAAAUGACAAUCCAUUUUAACACAAAGCGAAAAUGCUUUCUUUCCUAUGUGUGUAGCAUACACACUGGUUGGUUGGUCCUCCUGGCAUUUACAGCGUCAUUUGAAGGGGGGGGGGGGGGGCGAGUAUUGUACUUGUCAUUCGCGCCCUCUCGGGCUCCGAGUGACGUCCAUCCUAUUUCCUAUGUUUUUUUUUCGAUUUAUUCGAUAGGAGAAAUGAUAUUGGCUGAAUGAAACCGUGUCAUUGUUACAAUAUAAAAAAAAGAAAGGCAUUGUCAAAAAAUCCGUUAAUGGUUUUUAAAUUUGACAUUUUUGACCUUGGCGGUUUGUACGCUACAUGGAUUUUUUAUUUUAUUUAAUAUAAUGUAUUAGUUGCGUAGGUUAAUUGUAAAUUUUAGCUUUCUGUAUUAAUAUUGUAUAUAAAAUUAAACUAUGACAAAUCUCACUCUCCGUUCAUUUGCUUAAAAUAUUUAAAAUUGCGUUGUCGGUUGCUUUUGACAAAUGACCAUUCAAAUCUAAUUAUUAUAGUUAGGCUUUGAUUAUAGUUACAGAAGCUGAAGUUUAAUGUUUGAAUUCACGGACUCGUUUCGUAUUACAUUUAUAGAAGGUAUGUUAUUACAUAAAUAAUGAAUUUUAUGAAUAAUAAAUCAAUGACUGACAAGUAUCAAAUUUUUUUAUCAUAAUAAUAAGUGGGAAAAAAUGGCUUCUAGUGAGGGUUAAAUGAAUACUGCCGAGUACUUGUCGUGUGUCAGGUUAUGCUUAUACAUAGGUGUAUAUAUUAGAAAUUCGUUAGUUCGUUUCGUGCGUCGUUGGGUAUAUGACUGUGCGAGUGUAUGAAAAUUGGCGCCAAAAUCAUGUUAACUUGGCGCGAAAAUUAUCAAAUGAACAACAUAAGUGCUUCGUGGUCGGAUUUUCGCGGAAAAAUUUGGCAAUUUAUGUGUUCGUAAUUCGUGUUGUCCAUUCCAAUAGUUAGGAGUAAAUAUAAAUAUAUAACUUUGAACAUAAAAUAUUAACUUUGAGUGACGUGACGCCAUCGGUUGAUAUCUUGAAUAGUCUAUGGUAUUAUGAUUUCGGAGUUAUGGGAACUUUUGAAGUAAAAUUAAAGUGGAUAUAAAUAGUUAAUUGGAAAAGAGUUUUAAUGAAAAUAAAGAUAUAUUAAUCGAGAACUUUGUGUUGUGAGGCUAUUAGCAAAUCACAUGGAAUAUGUAAAUCUAGAGUUUGUUUGUCUUUGCUCCUCUUGUAAUUGGAAUAUAUUAUAUUUUUAUAAAAUAACAACAAAAACAUAUUAUAAAUUUGUUGACAAAUUAAUUUUAGUAAAUAAUAUAAUUAACGAUGCGAGUUGCGAACACAAAAAACGAUCAUUCUUUGUUUCAACUUUGCAAAUUUGUUUUGAAAUAUUUGUACGGUAUGACAAGCAGCGAUCCUAGCGGAUAAUUUACGAACUAGUGCUCCAUACAAAUCUGCCUUUGUAAUAUUUAGAGAAGACAUUUCUAUAUAUAACUCUUUAUGUAAUGUCGAAGUUAUAAGUGAUGUUAUUGUUUUUUUUUUUAACGGUGAAAAUUGUUGCUUUGAACACUCGGAGUUCAGUCGAAUGCCCAUUAGUAUAUAUGUUAUAUCGUCAGUGAAAAAUCGUUUUUAUAUUACAUGACAUAGGAUAGAAUUUCGUUUUUAUCAUAAUAAAGUUUUCGAUAUUUGGCUUAAAUAAAACAAAAGUAUAUAACUUCGUUAUUGUACAUAUGAACUGAUAUACAUACGGUCGAUGGGAUUAUAUAUAUAUAAUAUUACAAGAAUUGUAAAUUAUUAUUAUAUAAAGUAGAAUGAAAGUAAAUUUUUUUUAUAUAUAAAAUCCGGUUACAACGAAAAAAAAAACAGUAUAUCUUCCUUCGACUGUUGAGAAGUGUAAUAUAAUAAGAUAAGCGAUUUAUAGAAGCGUUUAGAUUUGUUUUUUUUUUUUAAUAAAGCUAGAUUAAAUGUACUAAGGGUCUGAUCAGAAUUGAUAAUAAAUUUGUAAACAAAAAACGACUUAAUUUAUUAAACGAAAAAAAUAUUAUCAAACAGGACUUAAAAACGCCGUAGAAAAAUUUAAGACUGGAUUACAGAGUUUGAAAUUUACAAGUGUGGUCAGGCCCUUAAAUGGAAAUGUCUGUUUGUUCAUAUUGAAUGUUACCCGUUUGAAUGAAACUGUUUUUAAUGGAUUCUUUUUUAACUAUCUAAUUUAAUCAGUUACCAUUAUAAAAAAGAAAAAUAAUUUAAAAAACAAUAUUUUACGUUCUUACUUGUUUGAAAUGUAAACAAAGUUAAAAAAAUGGUUUUAUUUUUAAUAAAAAAAAAAACUAGUGCAUGUGUAAUAUUUUACUUGUUUUUGUUGUUAUUUUAAAUUGAUUUUAUGUUUAUUGGCACGUCAUACAAGAAAUGAUUUUAUGUACUCUCUUUACCCGCGACUUCGCUCGAGUCGUAAUUCAGAAUUGCUUAAUAUCAAUUUCCAUAACUCUUUCUUUAAAAACUAAUUUUUUUCAUACAAAUGGUAGAACAUAUUAGGGGAUACAUUUUCAAAAAUCCUCUCUUAUUGCUAGCCUACUGUGUAAAAGGAACCCUUAUGUAAAUAAUGAUGACGUCAUAUAUUGCGGCAUGCGUGGUGUGUGUAUUCUUGUUGCUAUGCGCGUAAAGACGUACUGCUAAAUGCUAGCCCCAGUAGUUUGGGUUUUGCGUUGAUAUGUCUGUUAGUCAGUUAUUCUUUUAUAUAAAUAUAUUAUUAAAAAACUAAUUAACGAUAGUUAAAACCAUAAAGUUCCUAAUGUUAGCACUGUACGGUAGAUUAAAAUAAUCUUAUCGGAAGCUUCGAAUUUCAAUUCGGUUACUGAACGUUUCGCUUAAGGAUAGUUAACAUGUCAAAAUGACGUUUACACUGGUAUGUCAUAUCAGUAUUCUCACUACGAGCGGUAGCCGUUGAUGGUAGGUAACAUAGUAUCAGGGUAUAAGGUCACUGAAUUAAAAUAUCACAUAUUUAAUCAUUAACCGAAGUCCUUAGAUUACAAUCCAUUUUGACAGUUAUAAAAAGCAGCCUCACUCGCGCGGUCACUUGCGUUUAUCGUUACUGCUGGGGGGGGGGCGUGGUUCGACCUCGUAGAUGUCAUCCUCUAACCUUAAUUAAUGUUCUGUCUAAUAUAUUUUAUUUCUAAUCGGCCUUGGAGAUAGUCAUAAAUAUUUAUUAGAAGAUCACAAUGACCGUGUGACAGAUGUACCAACGGUGACAUUUGUCAAUGCCCCUUAACGAUAUUGUCUAUGGACAAAAUAUAUAUUUCGAUUAUAAAGACAAGACGACAUCCCAGUUUCGUUGAUCUAAUAUUCAUCACAAGAUCUCUUAAGCUUGAAAUUUGUCACAGUUGCUCCUUUCCCGACGUAGACGCUCACUGAGAACAGAUUUUACGCAAACCCUAUCCAAAAUACAUUUUCAUCAUUGGUAUUUAUAUAUAAAUACGAUACACUAAAAUCGUUAUUUAAAUGGCAACCCCUAUAUACUGACGUAAGUAUAAAGUUAAAGCAUGCAAGUGUCCCAGUGGCUAAGACAAUCUAUUGGUCUCUUUUUAUUAUUUAUAAUAUCUAUUUUCAGGAGUGAGAAAUUAGUAUGAAUCUUUAAUAAAUAUUCAAAUAGGUGAAAUGUAAAUGAAAGCAGCAAUAAUUACUGUGAUGAAUUACGAAUGUAAUUUUAGUAUUAAAAAUUGAGAAUAAGUAAAGAAAUUUAUACAAUAUUUCAAAUAAUGUCUUGAAUAGUAUAGUUGGGUAUUGUUUAAACAUUCACGUCAUUAAAUUCACUCAUUAUCUUAGAGAAAAUGCUAGAAUUUCGAUCGUUUUACCAGAACCGCAUAAAAUAUUAGGCAAUUAUUACAAGGGAAUGGUGUGUUAUGUCAUUUACAAUAUCUGAUUAAAUUGAUAAAUAAAGCAACCAUCUAUUUUGGCUAAUUAAAGAUUGUUUACAAUCCUUGCAGCCACACUUUUUUAUUUAAAAACAAUAUGAUAUCAACAAUAAAGUUUGCAAAGAAAAAAGUUCGUUUAGGGCUUUGUAUAUAAAUCGUACAAGAAUUAAAAAAAAAAGGAGAGUUUUGGCAUAAAUGUCCUUAUGUUGCCACCUACAUUGACUAUUUUAUCACUAAAUAUGUUUUUUAAACUAUCAUUUUGCCAGUGUUACAUUCAAUUGAUUCAAUUUUUUGAAUUUCAUUUAUAUUUUUCGAAAGUGGUAAUGAAAUAUCAUAAUCACUAUGUAACGUUUGCUUGUGGAACAAAAUAAUUAUCGUUUUAUUUGGUGACCAAUUAAAACAUUUAAUUGUUUAAUAGCUCAUUAUCAUAUAUCAGAUAUCAGUUAUGGAUUUAAAUCAAGAAACAAUUGUACAGAUGAAAUCGGUUUAUCUUAAGGCUCUUGAGAAAUAGUUUUAUCUCUAAACAGUUGUCAUUGUGACGAAUAGUCGAUAUUUUUUUUUUAAUGAUGUUAUGUAAAAUGUUUAGGAGAAUUUCGAUUGAAAAGAUUUACAAUUCAUGAACAGGAAGGGAUUUCAAAGGUUAAUUAGUAAAAUUUUCAGCGGAUGUGUACUGAGAAAAAAAAGAUUAAAUUAAAAAGAGUCAUUAGACUGACCGUUGGCAAUCGUUAAUUCUCUUCCCUGAUUUAAAGGAAAUUUGUCGUUUUUAAUGGCCGAUUCAUCUACAUAAUCACAGACAUAAUCUUAAAUAUAAAUUGUAUAUAUUAGGUAAUGUUUAAUGAUUUAUUUAAACCAUUAAAAACCAUGAGAGCAGUUUCAUUAAAAUGUAAAAUUAUCGCUGUAUAUGUAUAGAAUUGAUUAAUAUGAUGGUAGUAAUAUGGUGGUAGUGUUAUAAUAAAUUUUGACGCAGUUACAAACGAGCCAAUGAGAGUACAAAACGACGUUUUAAAUGUAAAAGGUCGUAUGUAACAAUUUCAUUUCAAUUAAAAUGAAAACCUAACGUCCAUAACUGUAGUCUUUUUAUGUAUUGAAUGUGUUUUACACUAGUUACCAUGCCAACAUACGAGUGAAAUGUACCCAGACUUAGGUGAAAUCAGAUAAAUAAUUGCGCUUACAAUGAGUCAGUCAGUCAUCUAUAACGGAAGUAAUAAAAAAAGUAAUGUGAGUGAGUCACAUAAAUGCCCGAGAGCGUCCUCGCGCACUCUCUUCAGAAUCAAUAAAAGUUAAUAUGUUAUCUUUACUGAUGAUUACACAUUGUAAUCGUAAAUCGUUAAUCUGAUUACAUUUUACUGAAGUCUGAAUAUAAAUUAACAAUUAAUUUAAUUACCAGUUGCUAAGUUCGUCUGUUGCCUGUAAAGUUAAAUACGACCUUCUGCAUUUAUAUUAGCGUAAUGUUAUUUACUCUAAUUAAUGAUCUUAAACUGGAACCGUGCCUUGAAGAAUAUUCUAUAAAAUAAACUUUGCACCAUGGGGGUUCGUUCAUUUGGGGUUGUAAAUAAAAUCGUUUUUAAAUGGUGCCUACGUAAUAAAAUUAGUUUUAGUGAUAACGGGAUGGUGUGUCAGUCAGCCGUUGUUUUGCCUUUUAAAUAUUACUUUAUAAAUUCCUGUUAAAUUUAUAUAUAAUUGUAAUUUGUUUCGGGCAUUCAUGAUUUAAAUAUUAUCGUGUGAGUGAGAUGGAUUGUCUGAGAAAAGAGGAUGGAAUACCUCUUGUGUUGUGCCUCCUACCAUCAUAUUAGUUGCGAUUAUUGUAAUUAAUUAAUAAGAUACGAUAAAAAGAUUGGACACACUUCCGCGAUUAAGUACAUGCGUCCAACUGUUAAGCUACGGCCACACAGUGAAAUAGCUGUAAGAAUAAAGUAGUCAUGAAAUUAAGACUGUUUUAAAAAAUAUAUUAAAAAAUAAAAACAUUUCUUUUUUGUAAGGAGUCAUUAUAUUAGCUAACAAUAAACAAAUGUGUUAAAAUUGUUUACAAAUAUAUAUUAUACAAGUGUGGCUAUAGUAUUACAGAUAAUACGCUAAGUUACUAGCUUGUUCGCGUAGAUGUGUCCAAAGCUUAAAGCGGGGUUGAGAUAACUCAGUGAAUAUAACUAAUUGUAUUAUAUAUUAUUUUGUAAGCAAAUGAAUAAAUUACGAUUGAUUUUGCUUAAAUUGUCUAUUUAUUAAUAAAUAUAUGUCAUGUUUUA